GACGUCACCUCGUACCGUUCCCAAAUACCAUACCGACCAUUCGGUUCGGUACGGUUCGGUUCCUUCUUGGUACUUUUUCGGUUUGGUAUUUUUCGGUUUGGUAUUCUCAGUUUUGUCGGGAAAUUUCGGUAUCGGUUCGGUACUUGCUCACCCCUACUUAAUGGAAAUCAGAACAUGUAUUCUGGAAUCUAGAGCCACCGUAGGCCGGCGGCGAUCGGCUCUCUCUCCAUCUUUAACGACGUCGAACUGGCCUUAAAGUAUGAUUAAUGUGAACUGCUUUGCUCGAAUUCUUUACUUGUUAGUGAAAGGAAUGGGUGUAGAAGAUGGGGUAGUGGAAGUGCUCAAGCAACCAGUGAAGAGAAGAUUACAUACAGUGGUGUGGAACCUAUCCCCAGAAAUGAAGGGAUUGAAGAUUGUGAUGAGAUGGUCAGAGUGAAGAAGAAGAAGAAGAAGAUGAUGAUGAUGAUGAUGAUGAAGGGGAAAGAAGAGACCAAUAAUGACGAAGGUGUUGGAGAUAAAAACCACAACAGCAUUAAUGAAGGGAUGAGUGAGGUUUCUGAUGGGAAUUCUGAAAAAGUUGAGAACAUAAAAUACAAGAAGGGAGAAAUCAAGGCAGUUGAAUUAGUUCAAGGUAAGCGGUUCUCUACUCAAGAAGAUGCGAUCAUUAAAGAAUCUGUUUAUGAGAAUGUAGAGAAACAUAAUUUGGGCGAGGAUGGUUUGAAUAUGGUUCUAAAGUCUUCCCGUGAACUGAAACGCUGUUGGAAUGAAAUAGCAGCUGCCAUUCCUUACCGAUGUUAUAAAUCAGUUUAUCAUCAUGCCCAGAAGGUAUUUCUAAGCAGGGGAAGGAAAUGGACUGAAGAAGAAUACACAUCGCAACGAGAGUUUCAAGAAAAAACAUGGGAAUCAAUGGUCAAUGUUGGUCGAGAGACCUGGCUAAUUCAGAGUUCACAUCAACAAUGCGUGGCUCAGAAUAAAGUUGCCAAAUCUGAAGAACUGCAAAUGAGAUGCAUAUGAACUGUUGGCUGAGAUCCUCAUUCACCUGCCUGUGAAAUCAUUGAUACAGUUCGCACUUGUCUUUAAAAAGUUGUUUGACCUUAUAAAAAAGAGCCACCAAUUUGCCUCGAGACAUUAUCUGGCAAGGACGCGACUAUCGGUUGAUUGACAAUGUUGAGGAUAUGGUUGAACACUUCGGGAGGUACGACAGAACGAGUUAAAACACCCCAUUGAGAAGAGAAGGUUUGAGUUUGUGUAUACACACUUUGAGUAUGUAUCAUGAUUUACUUUGUGUCUAUGUUUUUCUUCGUCUUGGUGGGUUUAGAGUACUGAUCAAUAAUCUAACAAUUCAGGAGGUGGUUCCCGAGCCACCGACAGGCUUAAAAAAUAAAAGCUUCUAUUUUGUCGUUAUUAUUGGGAUAUGGUUCGAGUAGGGGUAAGGUCUGCGUACACACACCCUCCCCAGACCCUACUCUUGUGGGAUUUAACUGGGUUGUUGUUGUUGUAUUGGGAUCUGGUUCGAUCCGAUAGGUAGCAAGUAGUGGUAGCAAACCCUCCAACCAAAAAAGAGUCUUGGGUGGUACAAUUAUGCACGGUUGGAGAAUGGGGUUGGCGUAGUGUAUCUAGCACAGCCUUGCUCGACCGAUUUGAGAGAUUUAUAUUUGAAUCUGUGGUAAAUGCCAAUGGAAGUGUUCUCUCAAAUCGGUCGAGCAAGGCUGUGCUAGGUACACUACACCAACACCCUUCUCCAUCCGUGUAUAAUUUUACCCCCAAAACUCUUUUUCAGUUGGCGGGUUUGCUACCACUACCUUAUACUUGCUAUUUAUCGGCUCGAAUCCGAUCACAACAGUGGAACCACCUCCCGGAUUGCUAGAUUAUAGAUCACUAUUCUAGACCCACCAAGAGGAAGAAAAACAUAGACACAAAGUAAACCAUGAUACAUACUCAAGAUGUGCAUACACACUCAAACAUUCUCUUUCCAAUGGAGGGUAUCAGCUCAUUUUGCCGAACCUCCCAAAGUAUUCGACCAUAUCAUCAACACUGUCCAUCGAUUUGCCAAAUAAUGUCUCAAGGCAAAUUGAUGGUCCUUGUUGAUAAGGUCAAAAUACUUUUUAGACAAUCGAGAAGGUCAAACUACUUUUUAGAGACAAUCGAGAACUAUAUCAAUGAUUUCACAGGCAGGCAGAUUUAGUGAUUUCACUUCAGCACCAAACGUUGUUUGAUUUAGUGAAUGCUGACCUGGAAAUGAGAGUUGAAGAAGAGGAGGAGAGGAAGAAGUCGAAUCAUGGGAUGUUGCGCGACAACCUGUGCUGGAAAGGAAUAAGCGAGAAAUUGGCCACGCAAAGUAACAAAGACUGCUGUGUGAAAUGGUACCACCAGUUAACCUGACAUAUGGUGGGUGAAGGUGAAUGGGCUGAUUCAGACGAUUAUAGCCUUGUGGGUGCACUAUAUGACUUGGAUGCAAGCUGCAUAGAAAAUGUGGACUGGGACAACCUCCUCACCCACACAUCUGGUGAGGUUUGUUUGCGUCGUUGGAAGCAAAUGGUUCGCCACAUUCAGAUGAUUAUACCAUAAGGUAACCAAUCACUUUUCUUC